AUGAAAAAUAAAGUCCAUCAUUUUAACAUCAAAUUAGAGAUCCUCUCACACGAGAAUAAGUUUUCCGUGAAUGAAUAUAUUCCAAAGGAUGGAAAUAAGGAUCAUGGGAAGCUCCAGGCCACGGAAUACUUCGAGAAAAUGGCCGCAGACUUCAGCGAUGACAUAAAUGCAGCCAAGGGAGCUUUACAAAAUAUGUUCCUGGAUUUAGAGGCUUCUUUUGAGGAGUUGUCCGACGACAUAACGAAGAGUCUGUCACAAUACAGCUACAAGACGGAAGAAAAGCUGAACAUUCUGGAGGGACUUGUAAAUGAAUUUGUUGAAAACAGCAAAGGCGCCAUCUUCAACUCACCCGAAGAAAAAAAACAAGUGGAAAAACAAAAGUUUAAAAAAAUGUGUGAUUUAAUAUUACAGAAGGUAAAAGCAGUGGUGGAACUGAGCACUAUUAACUACUAUCGAGUAAUUUUAAAAUUUGGUAACGGCGAGAGAAAAAGGGAAGUGCUGGACAAAGUAAAGAAUGAUGACAGCAUAUCGAAUGAGUUAAGAAGGGAGCUGUUAAAAUAUGAAGACGUGGAAAAUAAAGAUGCAAAUGUUUCCAGCCUGAUCAAUUUUAUAUCCCACAUUUAUGACAGCUUUAUACAAAAGCUAAAUGAAUUAAUAAGAGAAGUUUCUGUCGAUUUGGGAAAAAUAGUCUAG